AUGGAAUUUCCACGUCUAAUUAUCGGUGGUGCCCCAUUUAGUGCCCAAUAUAAUGAAGAUCCUGAAUCCAUACCUAUAGUGGAAAUACUUAGAGUUGCCUUUGAAAAUGGAAUAAAUUGCAUCGAUACUUCACCAUAUUACGGAAAUAGUGAAAUUUUAAUAGGGAAAGCUUUACAUAAUUUGGGUGAUAAAUUCCCAAGAGAUUCAUAUUUAAUCUGUACUAAAGUGGGUAGGUUAAGUUUGGAUUCCUUUGAUUAUUCUGCUGAUAAUGUUAGAAGAAGUGUUGUACGCUCCUGCAAGAGAUUAAACAGUGACUAUUUGGAUCUAGUAUAUUUACAUGAUGUGGAGUUUGUAAAUAUGAAAGAUAGUCUAGUGGCAUUACGAGAAUUGAAGAAAUUAAAAAAUGAAGGGAUUAUUAAACGAUUUGGGAUAUCUGGAUAUCCCGUGGAUUACCUUUUCCAUUUGAGUUCAUAUUGCGCUAAGAAGGAUACAAGUAUAGGCCCAUUAGAUGCGAUAUUGUCAUACUGUAAUUUGAAUUUACAGAAUAUUACAUUGAGUAAGUAUCGAGAAAAGUUUGAAUCUCAAUGCCAAGUUAAAAUGAUUAGUAAUGCUUCAGUUUUAAGUAUGUCUUUGUUAAGAAGGCAGGAGACGAAACAGUUCCAUCCUGCUUCUCAAGAGUUACGGAAAUGUUCAGACAGGGCAGCCAAAUAUUGCCAUGAUAAUGGGGUUGAUUUGGCAAAGUUGGCUCUCAGAUAUGCCAUCACAAAAUGGAUACCUUAUGGCCCUACCAUCAUUGGUGUCAGUUCUGUUGAAGAAUUACAAGACAGUUUAAAAACCUUUCAAGAAGUUCAAUCGGGAGUCCCACUCAGCAGUAAAGAAAUAGAAAUGGUUGAAACGAUUCAAAGUAAAAUAUUUGGAUCGCACUUCAAUGAGACUUGGGAUUCAGGGAUCGAACAUCCAGAAUUCGCCUAG